UGAUUCGGGGCUAUUGAUCUCUCCCUCCCCUCUAUAUGGGGUCAGUAGUUUGAUCGGAGCGCGCGCAGGAACACCGAAGAGACACACGCGCUUUUACCAUGUAACAUGAAGCGCUGCGUGUAGACAGAUCCAACCGGACACUCAUCACCAAUCCAAUCCCGUCCGUCUCCAACCUGAUGACGGGAAAUAAUAAGAUUAUCAAGCAGGACAGAGCGACGCCUUAUAUCUGUGGAGAAAAGUAACUGGUGUGGAUUUGACAGAUGAUGGUGUGCUCGAGACCCACAGAUCUGAUCAUGAAACCGUCUAGAAUCUCCGUGAUGAUGAUGUUCAUCUUCGCAUCUGUUCAUCUCUCGUGCCCAUCGCAGUUUCCCAGUCCGCUCAUGAUAAAAGAGUGGGUAGAUCAGCUGCAACAAGAGCUGGUUUCUCUAGCAGACACAGCCAGUGCUGGAGAUAAUCUAAGACAGAUCUUUAUGGAUAAUCAGAAGUCUUUCACUGUGCGAUCAAAUAAUGCAGUUCAGCUUGUGGAAACAGCAGCACGGAAUAUAGAAAACUUUUUGAAAAAGCGAGCCACAGCUCUAGAGGAGGAUGAUAUAGUUUACUUUAAUGCCAAGGAUAAUCUUGAAACCAAUGACACAGAAGGACGGAAAAACCGGAUCAGACCUGAAUUUAAAGAAGAUCCGUCAUUCAAAAACCGCCUCACCUCCUACAACCAUACGGCUGUGCACAUCCCUACAGACAUCUAUGACGGCUCCACCAUUGUGCUGAAUGAACUAAACUGGACAGAGGCAUUGGAGGAUGUCUUUAAGAAGAACCGAGAAGAGGAUCCAACGUUACUAUGGCAAGUGUUUGGGAGUGCUACUGGAUUAGCUCGCUUUUACCCUGCUUCCCCUUGGAUGGAUGCCAGGAAAACACCCAGCAAAAUCGACCUUUAUGAUGUGCGCCGACGACCUUGGUAUGUUCAAGGUGCCGCUUCACCCAAGGACAUGCUGAUUCUUGUUGAUGCGAGUGGAAGUGUGUCUGGACUUACCCUUAAACUGAUCCGAACUUCAGUCAGUGAAAUGCUGGAAACCCUGUCCGAUGAUGAUUACGUCAACGUUGUCCAUUUUAACACAAAAGUAAAUAACACAGCAUGUUUCGACCACCUGGUUCAAGCCAAUGUUCGCAAUAAGAAGAUCCUGAAGGAUGCAGUGCAGAACAUUACAGCCAAGGGCAUCACCAACUACACAAAAGGCUUCGAAUUUGCCUUCAAUCAGCUUUCAAAUCCAAACAUCUCCAGAGCAAACUGCAACAAGAUCAUAAUGCUGUUUACUGAUGGAGGAGAGGAGAGAGCGGAGGAGAUCUUCAGCAGACACAACAUUGACAGGAAGGUGCGCGUGUUUACAUUCUCUGUGGGUCAACACAACUAUGACACUGGGCCUAUAAAGUGGAUGGCCUGUCAAAAUAAAGGAUACUUCUACGAAAUCCCUUCCAUUGGAGCCAUCCGCAUAAACACACAGGAAUAUCUAGAUGUUUUGGGCAGGCCGAUGGUCCUUGCAGAUGCCAAACAAGUGCAAUGGACCAAUGUUUACCUGGACGCUCUGGAGCUGGGCCUGGUCAUUACAGGUACACUGCCAGUGUUCAACAAGACCAAAUCCACAGAGGCCAGAUCCCGGAGCCAGAACCAGUUGAUUUUAGGAGUGAUGGGAGUGGAUGUGUCUCUCGAUGAUAUUAAAAGACUGACACCUCGCUUCACGAUCGGUCCUAAUGGAUAUUAUUUCGCAAUUGAUCCCAACGGUUACGUGCUGCUCCAUCCAAACCUGCAGCCAAAGAACCCCAAAUUCCAGGAACCCGUUACACUGGAUUUUCUGGAUGCAGAGCUGGAAAAUGAUAUUAAAGUCCAGAUACGGACUAUGAUGAUCAACAAUUCCAGCGGGGAGAAAACAAUAGAAACGCUUGUGAAAUCUCAGGAUGAGAGAUACAUUGAUCGUGGAAUCAGGAAGUACACAUGGGCACCAGUUAAUGGGACAGACUACAGCCUGGCCUUGGUCUUGCCUGAAUACAGUCUGCAUUACAUCGAAGCAAACCUGGGGGACACUAUAAAACAAGUCAUGUUUUUUGAAACAAUUCAACAGGAGAAAUUUGAGGAGUUUGGAUACACCUUUAUUGCGCCCAGGGAAUACUGCAAAGACCUCAAAGUCUCAUCCAACAACACCCAGUUCCUGAUGGACUUCAAUGAAUAUAUUAACAAGCAAACGCCAAACGAUCCUUCAUGUAAUUACACUCUUGUAAACCGAAUGCUGCUGGACGCGGGGCUCACAGCAGAGCUCAUCAAAGUCUGGAAGGAGCAGAGUGUAGAUGCAGUUUUGGCCCGCUUUGUGGCUACAGAUGGAGGCAUCACACGUGUGUAUCCAAAAAGUGCUGGCGAGGAAUGGGGUGAGAACUCUGAAACCUACGACUCGAGUUUCUACAAAAGGAGUCUGGACAAUGACAUCUACAUCUUCACUGCCCCAUACGUCAACAAGAGCAGAGAGUCUGGUUAUGAGUCUGGUAUCCUUGUCAGUAAAGCAGUGGAUUUGGAUAUUGAUGGAGCAAAAUUAAAACCAGCGGUGGUGGGAGUGAAACUGAACGUGUCAGCCUGGAUGAACAGCUUCAUCAAUGCCACCACCAAGAAAAACUGUAAGGAUGAGAUCUGCGGGUGCCUGAGGAAUGAUAAGCAAGUGGACUGUGUGAUUCUGGACGAUGGAGGCUUUCUGCUCAUGUCCAAUCAGGAGGAAUAUAUCCAACAGAUUGGUCAGUUCUUUGGUGAAGUGGAUCCUGUUUUGAUGAUCACUCUGGUCAACACAUCGCUUUACUCUUUCAAUAAAACCUACGACUACCAGUCAGUCUGCGACCCAGAGAGAGACAAAGCUGCUGCUGGACACAGAGCUAUAUAUGUGCCCACGAUAGCAGAUCUGCUAACUGUGGGCUGGUGGGCUUCUACUGCCAUCUGGUCGAUUUUACAGCAGCUUCUCCUCAGUCUGACUCUUCCAAACGUCAUCGGGACAGCGUACUCGGAGGAUGACCUCUCGGAUGCGUUCUCCAAAGAGAGCUGUAUCACCGAACAGACUCAGUAUUUCUUUGAGAACGAGAACAAAUCUUUCUCUGGAGCUAUGGACUGUGGAAACUGCUCCAGAAUGUACCGGGCGGAGAAGCUCCCUAACACAAAUUUGGUGUUUUUGAUCUCCGAUGCUAAGAUUUCAUGUAUGUCCUGUGAUACCAAACCACUCAAACAAGCCGAACAGCCUUCAAAUGGUCCUGACCCAUGUGUUCUGGCCCAGAAUCCUCGGUACAGAAAAGGGCCGGACGUCUGCUUUGACAACAAUGCAGAUGAGGAUGCCAGUGAUUGUGGUGGUGGCAGUAGUUUGAGUCCGUCUCUUUGGCCGAUGUUGGCUCUUCAGCUCCUUCUACUUUGGCUGCUUACAGGAACCAGAACCUAUUUUUCCUGACCAGAGUGAAUCCAGCGUCUAGUACUGAACUGCUUAUUAUACAGACCACAACAUAACCACACGUCCACUAUACCAUCUCAUCCACUCACUGCCAAAAAAACAAACUGCCUGAAAAAGCAACACGGUCAGACACGAAAGCUCAUGUUUUCAACACACAAACCACAUUAUGAAACAGACAUGGUUGAUGCGAAAUGUUUAGUGCCACAUACAGGCUAAUAUGAUGUGUCAACAGUGUGGUGGUGGGAGACGCCUCGCAGCACCGGCCUGGAUCUGAAUGAAGCAGGGUUUAGCCGUUACAGGAGCGACUGUUCAUCUCUGGAGCUCAUCAUGAAUCCUGCUGAAGUGAGCUUUGCACCAGUAGUAGGUUAGUAAGGUCACACCGAGCCCUUUUGGGCCCACCGAGGGCUGUUUUUCUAGUUUUAUGUUCACUGUUUUCCGCAGUCUAUGUGCUUUGCAGUAGGGGGAAUCUCACAAAGACAUUUGCAGGUCAUAUUUUCUCCCACAAUUCUUAAAGUCUGUGUGAAAUCAACAUUUAAUCCGACAAUUAUUCUGUGCUAGUUUAUCCACUGAAAGCAAAUGUUUGCUUUGGUAAUCUUCAAUCAAAGCAUGAACAUUUGCUUC